AUGCUGCGGCUCUCAGCUGGGAGCGCGCUCGACGCUGGGCUGGCGUGGUGGAUAGGGGUGUGUUGGAGGAGGCCGCUGGCAUGUAUUGUAGUUGCUGUGGCUGCAGCGGUGCUUGGAUCGCUCGCAAGCGUCGGCACCGACCCCUUGGCCACCAUGGCGAUCGGAAAGCGAGACGCGGACGGGUGGAGAACGGCGCUGUUUGGCCGGUCCGGACAGCGCGACCUCAUCGCCGCGACGAAGCGACUGAUCGAGGAGAGUCCGUCGAGAAUGCACUCGGAGAGUCUGGGCACAGAGCAGCGCGCGAGAUCCGAGCUGCUGGGCCAGACCGAGUUCUACGUGGCCUACAGGUCGCGCGACGGAGAGAUGAUUACGGCUGAAGCGAUGGAGGUCAUUCAUGACGUGGAGCAGCGGCUUCUGUUGGAGACCCCGUGGGUGGACCACUGCAUGCUGCAGUUCGAUUCCAUCACGACGGGCGAAUGUGCCAGGCCGAGGUCGGUCGCGAACUAUGUGUACCCGCGCUCACUCGAGCAGGCGGCGGCAGGUUUCCCCGGGUACGGAAGCACUGCGAAGGACGUCACGGAGGCCGUGUCGGUGCUGUCGUUUCAGAUGGCUGCCAACUACAUGGGCAUUGCACAGGACUCCAUGUUCCGCCAAGGGUUCUUUUGGUUCUUCGACAGAGGCUUCCGGCCUGGUCACUUGCACUCGGAGCACGUGCUGACGGCACUCCCGUUCGGGUACCCCACUGGGCACGACAGCCCCCGCGUCGCGCGAAGGAGCCUCUGGAAGGCGGUGCAGGAGCACAUGGACGCCAAGAUGUGGCAGUCGGUGGGCGGGCAGUCUCAGUUCGGGACGAUCACGCGGUUCCUGAAGUCCCCGUACGAGCUGCGCGUCAGCCACCCGGCGCAGCAGGACAUCGAGCUGCUGUGGUUCUCGCAGCCCCUGUUCUUGAACGAGAUGGUGCGGUGCGGGGUCCGGGACGCCGGGGUCGCGGGCGCGACGGGCCUCUGCAUCGCGGCGUGGAUGCUGCUGCACACGCGGUCGCUUUCGAUUACCGCGUGCGGCACCUUCGCGAGCAUGAUCGCCUUUCCCCUGACCUUUGGAGUCUACCGGUGGGUCUUGGGAGUGACCUUUUUCGAGGUGCUGCACGUGGUCGCGCUGUUCCUGUUCCUCGGCGUCGGCGCCGACGACGUCUUCAUUUUCUUCGACGCCGCGUCCUCCGCUGUUGAGGCUCUUUCUCAUUCCGCCGACAACCAGAAGGAGGAAGUUUUCAAGCGCGCCAUGAUGCCGGCCGCUCGCUCCGUCUUCGCGACAUCCGUGACCACGUCCUUCUCGUUCCUAGCUGGCUGCAUCGCCGGCGUCCCCGCCGUCAUGGCCUUCUCCAUCUUCUCCGCGGUGGGCUUUGCCGUCAUGUGGGUCCUGUGCGUGGCCGUCAUGGUUCCCUGCUGCGCGUCCUGGGCGCAGCACCGAACUAGCAAGCGGCCGCAGCAUGACAUCCGCGGGCGCCUGAGCCGCGUGCUCCAGUCAUCCUGGCUGCCCCAAGUAAACGCGCUCCGCUGGCCCAUCUUCCUGCUCUUCCUCGGGUCGCUCGCGCACGGUACCAUGAUGCUCGGGCGGAUGCAAGGCGACUUCAGGGUCGAGGAGGCCUUCUUCCCGCCCGGGCACAUGUUCUCGCGCUUCCUGGAGCUGCUCGGACCCGAAGGACCGCACGGCAUCCCCUCGAAGAUGCAUGCCACCCUGUCCUGGGGCAUCCUGGGCCUCGAAGGGGACGAGGCCUCGAUCCGCGGUGGCACCAAGCCGGACGAGGUGGUGCGGGAUCGUUCCAUGGACGUCACCUCGAAACCAGCCCAGCGUUUCCUGCUGGGGCUCUGCGAUAAGGCGGUGGACCCCGUGCUGUUUCCAUGCAGCCUGGAACGCUGCAGGGGCGCGUCCGGAGGGGCACAGUCGGGCAUUCUCGUGCACGACAAGGAGCGUGCCGCGAAAGCAGAAGAUGCGUGUCUGUUCCACAGGCUGGAAAAUCAACUUCAGUUUGCCCGUGGUGAUGCUGAAGCAGGAGAGCCCGACAUUGUUCACGGGACUUUGGACCCUGACGAAUACAUCCGUGCGAUUCAGGAGAUCGCCAGAACCGACACGGUAACAGAUCCAGCCUAUCGCGCCCUGGUUUCGGAAGACGACGACGGCACGCCGCACAUGUUUUAUCUAAGCGUGAAUUUUGCCUUGCCAUUCUCCCCGGCUGACAGCCGCGAAGCAGAAGUCAUGUGGGCGGACCUUGUGCGCGUUCAGAACUGGGUGAACGAGCACGCCCCGGAGGGCCUCAGGAACGCGCGCAUCCACGUGGGCAACAAGUUCGCUGUCAUGGAGCAGCAGGGCGGCAUCGUACGCGGGGCCCUCAUCAGCAUGGGUCUGGUGUGGGCAGCGAGCUCGCUCGUGGUUGUCGUCAUCACUCGCAGCGCUGCCGUAGCCCUCAUCAUCGGGACAACGGUCGCCGGGAUCACCGCGACCGUCGUGGGGACUCUCGCGACCGGCAUCAACGGGUGGGCCGUCGGCGUCGCGGAGACGACGUCGAUCGCACUCGUGGUCGGACUCAGCAUCGACUACGGCCUCCACGUUGCUGUCGGGUACUGCGAGAGCAACGGCAAGACCGCGAUGAAAAGGCUCGAGGAGUCCCUGGGCCAGGUCGGCCCUGCGCUCGUGUCGGGCUGCGUGACGACCGCCGGCAGCGCGUUGCUUCUCGCGUGCGGCAGGCUGAUGUUCUUCCGGCGCGUUGCCUUCUACCUCAUCGCGACGCUCGUGACGUCGCUGCUGUGGACGUCGCUCUUCUUGGUGAGCGCGCUGCUCAUCUUCGAGCCGUGCAUUCAGCCGCCUGCGAGGAAGGGCGCGUCCGCGGGCACGUUCGUCAGGAAGGGUGUUUGA